AUGGGAGCAACAGACUUUAACCCUCCACAACCACCACCACCAGCACCACCAGCUGCCAAUGGUUUACCCACACGAAGGCCCUCACAAGAUGUAGAGGCCGCACGAAAAGGGAAAAAAUGUUUAUGUGGAGCCGUCUGUUAUGUCUACAGUCUACGCAGUAAGAGUUGGGUAACGACGGAGUGUAAUGUGGAGAUCCCCACACCACUCGCAGCACUUGGAAAAGGAGGCAUGCGUGUAUGUUAUGAAGUAGAUGAAAUUGAUGAGGAAGGUAAUCACACCGCAUGUAUUGCUAAAUUCUUUCAACGGAAUAUCAGUGAUGUGGUGGAGAAGGAUUACUUCAGUGAAGCCGAGGCACAAUGUCUCUGUGAAGAGUUUGCGAAUAAUUUUAAUCAAGCCCCUUUUAAUGGUUCGGAUCGGCCUCGUAUAUCAUUUCUACAGUGUCGAGUGGUUCUCAUUCGUGCUCGUGAUAUCCCAGAGGAGUAUAAGAAAACCAAACAUGGCUUCUUCUCUUAUCGCACCAAAGAUACAGGUGAGGUGAUGUUUGUAAUGGAACCCAAAUUACGUGGACACUUCACCAAAUACAAUAGCAACUAUGGUGAGGCAUAUGCAGAUGAUAAACACUACACCACUCCUUCUCAAAUAAGUCAACGUACAUAUAUGUUUGAGGCCGCCGAGGCCUUUUCGCAUUUCACACUGGUUGAGAGUGGUGGAUCCAUGUUGGUGUGUGAUCUGCAGGGCGUGCAGGACUUCUUAACGGAUCCGCAGAUCCACUCGGAGGACGGCCGCGGUCUUGGGCUUGGCAACAUGGGCCGUGAGGGAAUUGAGCGGUUUGUGCAGCGGCACAACUGCAACGGCAUCUGUGCAGCGCUGGGGAUGAAGCCGCUGUUUGGAUUGCGGCCGCAGGCGGAUCGGGAGUCGCUGCAGAAAAACUUUUACGUUCUCCUCCGAGCGCAGCUGCAGGAGGAUCAAGUGCCGCAGUCAAAGCCGGUGGCGGAGAUGACGGAGGAGGAACAACUGCAGUAUGCGAUUAGAGUCUCGCAGGUCUCUUACUAA